AUGACUUACACUGUUGUCAGCAAUACUUCUCUUUUAUUCUUGGAAGGUUUCAGUUUUCGUGCUGAUAUUGUUGUUCCUCUGUUUCUUUUCUUUCUGACUAUAUAUUUUAGUAUUGUUAUUGGGAAUACCGCAGUAAUGCGCGUGAUUAUUGUCAAUCGAAAUCUGCACGAGCCAAUGUAUAUAUUAUUGUGUAACAUGUCUGUUUGUGAUUUAAUUGGAAGCACAGCAUUGCUGCCUAGACUGAUGGCGGAUUUAUUCGAGGAAGUGAAGACAAUUUCCUUCGAGCCCUGCGUUAUCCAAGCGUUUUGCAUCCAUUUCUAUGGUACAGCUUCUCAGUUAAUAUUGACCGUGAUGGCCUACGACAGGUACAUUGCUAUCUGUGACCCACUGCGGUACACCUCGAUCCUGACUGGGACAGCUCUAAUCAAACUGUGCAGCUUUGCCUGGGGAGGUGCGUUCAUUCUAAUUACCAUUCUGAUCGGACUAACUGCUAGGCUUCCGAGAUGCGGCACAAAGAUAUUCUUAAUAUUUUGUAACAACCCUUCACUGUUUUCACUGUCUUGUGUAGACACAACUUUAAAUAAUAUCUACGGGUUGUUUAUAACUUACCUUCUUAGUAGCCUCUCGUUUGCUACCAUCGUUUGGACGUACUGUAAAAUUCUCUAUACAUGUUUGAUUAAAAGUGACAACCGCACCAAGCGAAAAGCCAUUCACACCUGUGCCACACAUUUAACAGUUUAUAUUUUUUACGAAGUAAUCGUAUUAUUUAGUAUAAUUUCACAACGAUAUCCGUCUGCAAAUGCCGAUAUCCGGAGCGCAAUAGGAAUAUUAAUAAUGAUAAUACCACCGCUACUAAAUCCAAUUAUUUAUGGAAUUAAUACGAAAGAAAUCCGAAGAAAUAUUUUUCGUAUUGCCCACAUAAAAUAUUAG